AGAGAAGGGAAGGGAAGAGAAGAAAAGAGAAGGCAAACAAGCUCGCUGAAUUCUGCAUUGAAUUGUAGAAAGAGAGGUAGAGGGAGAGGUAUCGUGCAAAGAAACAAAAAGGGGGGAGAUGGAGCAGAUCAUGUCACUGGAUGAGCCCAAUCUCAACCAGCACUUGAUAACGCCGAAGCCAUGGAUCCAGAAGAACGCCAGCCCAAAAGAGGCGCCACUGCUCGAGCCCAGAACGGAGGUGGCCCAGCUGAUGGUGGAGGCCAAGCGCAUCCUUGAGAUCGCCUCGCCCAUGGCACUCGCCGGUCUCCUGCUCUACUCCCGCUCCCUCGUCUCCAUGAUCUUCCUCGGCCGCCUCGGACGCCUCCCUCUAGCCGGCGGUGCACUCGCCAUUGGCUUCGCCAACAUCACCGGCUACUCCGUCCUCUCUGGCCUCGCCAUGGGCAUGGAGCCCCUCUGCGGCCAGGCCGUAGGCGCCCGUCGGCUAGCCCUCCUUGGCCCUGCCCUCCAUCGCGCCAUCCUCCUCCUCCUCGCGGCUUCCCUCCCCAUCACCGCCCUCUGGUUCACGAUGCGUCAUAUUCUCCUCCUCUGCGGCCAGGACCCUGACAUCGCCGCCGCAGCUUACGACUUCGUUCUCGCUUCCAUCCCCGACCUGCUGCUUCAAUCCUUCAUCCAUCCCAUCCGCAUCUUCCUUCGUUCACAAUCCAUCACCCUCCCACUCACCUACGCCGCCGCUGCCGUAGCCCUCCUGCACCUCCCCCUCAACUACGCCCUCGUCUUCUACCUACGCUUCGGCAUUCGUGGCGUCGCCCUCGCCUCCAUCUGCACCAAUCUCAUCUUCAUUCUCCUCCUCCUCCUCUAUAUCUACUUCUCCGGCGUCCACCGACAAACUGCGGUACUCGAUAUUUCGACCGAUUGUUUCAAGGGAUGGGGCUCUAUGCUAAAUUUGGCGAUUCCUAGCGCCAUCUCUGUGUGCCUCGAGUGGUGGUGGUAUGAAAUCAUGGUCCUCCUUUGUGGCCUCCUACUCGACCCUAAAUCCGCCGUCGCCUCUAUGGGCAUUCUCAUCCAGACCACCUCUCUCAUCUACACUUUCCCAUCCUCCCUCAGCUUCGGCGUCUCCACCCGCGUCGCCAAUGAGCUCGGCGCCUACCGCCCGGCCCGUGCCCGUCGCGCUGCCACCGUCGGCCUCGCCUGCGGCUUCAUUCUAGGGAUGCUUGCGCUUGCGUUCACUGUGGUCGUUCGGCACGCCUGGGCACAGAUGUUCACGCCCGACGCGGCCAUAGCUGCGCUCACAUCUGCUGUGCUCCCCAUGGUUGGGGCUUGCGAACUGGGAAACUGCCCGCAGACCACUGGGUGCGGGGUGCUGCGAGGGAGCGCGAGGCCGCGCGCCGGGGCCAACAUAAACCUAGGGUCGUUCUACGCUGUGGGAAUGCCGGUGGCGGUUGCGCUAGCGUUCUGGGCUGGGUGGGACUUCUCCGGGCUUUGGUUCGGCAUGCUGGCGGCGCAAUCCGCGUGCGUCGUGCUGAUGUUGCUCGUCGUCCUCCGCACCGACUGGGAGCUGCAGGCACAACGGGCGCAACUGCUUGUCGGCGGACAACUCGACGCCGCCGCCACCGACAAAGCAAUCGUGGUGGUGAUAGUGCUGGAAGACAAUAACAGUUAGAAACAAGCAGAACCAAUGCUCAAAGGCAAUGCUAACGUACUAUGAUUCAUCAAACCUAUAGCUUUAUAAUUCUCUCUUCUUUUUCACAUAUUAUUUUCAAAUUUCUAUAAUUUUUGCGAUCUCUUGUCGAAUGAAUUAAGUGGGAAACAGAUCAGAUAUAAAACUAUUUGAAGUGAAAAACAGGAACAUUGGAUUAAUGCAUUUAUGGUCAAGCCGGGCUGUAUCACCAGUUAAU